UUUGAAAACUCGGCUAGUCGAGUUUUCCCAUAAGACCUUCGCUUGAAAAACAAGAAGUGGCAAUAGUACCGUUUGUCCAUUUUGGACGCCGUAGUCAGUAUACACUUCCUCAAAAUAGUCCGAAUGAAUCGAAUAAUAAAUGUAAUCAAUAUUGACGUUUUUGCCAAAGUUCUGUUGCGCAAUUUUACAUCUAAGAUGUUGGCAGUAUUUUUCGAUUUAAAACAAAAUUACAUGAGUUAAAAAAAUUAACAAAUCAAUACAGGAAGUACAUGUGGAAACACGUGUGUGUGUGUGUGUGUGUGUGUAUAUAUAUGGGCUAGGGGUUACAAUAUCACAUUGCACAAGGACCUUAGGGACAUACAUACAGUUAUAAAUCUUUUCUUUUUUUGUUAGCUUUUUUGUUAGAGUAUUUAAUUGUCUUAAAAUACAGUUACAUUUCUUUUUGUAAGUUCUUUACCCCAUGGCAUCAGAGGGAUCUUCAUAUCCAGUCAAGAUUGUUUUGAACAAGCAGAAGAGUAAAUCACAGUGGAGAGCUGGAGAGAUGGCUGUUGAAGAGGACUCUCAACCCCAGCCUACAGAUGUAGAGCAGAGAGCAGAGACUGAACCCAUACUGAUCAAAGAUGAAGAGACAGCAGAGGAUGUGUGGAAGACUGACCCUCAGGAAGAGCUCAUGAUCACUGGAGAGGAGUCUGGUUCCAAGCCUGGGCAACCACCAUCCUUUGAGCAACGGCACUUUGAUGAGGACUUCAUCACACAACCCAACAUAUCUCCUGAAGACUCAGUGGAACAUUACCCCAAUUCUGAUGGUCCAAAGGAACCAGGCACACCCCGGCUCACAUCUACAGAGGUGUUUAGCACAGAGCAGCACCAGCCAGCCGAGGAUGAGGACUCGCUAGAGAAAGUGAUGGUGAAGGAUGAGAAAAGGGAGCUGGAUCAGACCAGGGCCCUGGAAGGACCUGACCAGUUUGUCAUGGAUGAGACUGAUGGGCAGCUGUGGACCUCUGUGGAUCCAGAUAGAGACACUGACCCUGAUGGCCACCCAGAUUUCUCCUUUCAUGCCAUAGAGGAGUACUCUCAGAAUAUCUCAAUUUUCCCAUCUCAUAGUGGGCUGCCAUCCCUACCUACUAUGUUAGAUGAUGGAGGGCCAUCCCUUCACUCUAUAGGGAAACCACAUGCUGACAUGUUCAGUGCAGCAGCACACAUGAAAAAACAUGUCAGGACAUUGGCUGAUGAGACUAGACAACAGAUGCCAGAAGGACAGAGCAGCGAGACACUGAACUCUAAUAAUGAAGGAAAUAGUUUAGCUCUACAGCCAAGGCAGCAUCAGCACAGGGCUUCAGAAGCAACAGUGAGAAUGAGUGAGUGCAUGACAGGGUCAAACAUGGCCACCACCUCCACCUUCUCUGGAUACAGCCUGAGUCGCAGUAGUUUUAACAUGGUGAAGAGAAUGAGGACUCAGUGGAGGUCGGGCGGCACCACAGGAGAGAAACCGUACACCUGCGAACAGUGUGGCAGGAGUUUCCCCAAGCAGUACAACCUGAUCAGACAUGCUGUGGUCCACAGCGGGGAGAAGCCCUACAAGUGCUCACAGUGUGGGAAAUGCUUCACCCAGCGCUCCAGUAUGAAGUCACAUCAGAGAACUCACAUAGGAGAGAGUCCGGUGUCUCAAUAUGGGGUACCCCCAUACCCUGGGGAUCCACACGCAAGUUUAAUGUUGUCUCAGACCAGAUGGAACAAAUAAAACAAGGCAUAGCUUGUCUAACACUUUCUGUGAAAAUGGGGGUACAGCAGGUGGUUUGAGACAUUUUAACAUGCUUUUCCUCCUAAUUGAUUUGUGAAAUGGUUUUCAUGUUUGACUGUUGACAGCUCCACAGUUUUAUUUGAACAACCUAUUUACAACUUAAUCAGUCAUAAAUGUUAUUUAAUCAAAUGUAGAAAGAAAUAGUCAACCCUGCGCAUUUAGAUAAAGAAAACGUAUAGUAGCCAUUUUAGUAUGUGUUGUCUACUUAAACAAACACUAUGUUGAACAAUUUCUUGCUACAAGGGACAGUCUCGUAUCAAGUCAGGUUAAUAACUCAACUUUAUUUCUUGAAUUAUAUUUUUUGAAAGUUCUAUUGCAAGGCAAUAAAAUGUUUCAGUUCAACAGUUUACAUGGUAAUGUACAGUGCCUUCAGAGAGUAUUCAUACCCCUUGACUUUUUUACAGCUUGAAUUUAAAAUGGAUUAAAUUAAUAUUUGUUGUCACUUGCUUUUCACAUAAUAACCCUUAAUGUCAAAGUGGAAUCUUAUAUUUAGAAAUGUAUACAAAUGAAUUAAAAAUUAAAAGCUGAAA